AAACGAGAGUAGGAGGAAGAAAAAGCAGAGAAAUACGGAGAGAGUGAGAGGAGGAGAAGGAGGGGCAUAAGGCCUUAUCGGCGAAUCUAGUGAGAGAGAGAGAGAGGAGACGACGAAAAAAAACGACUAUUAUUACCAAGUUAGUUCUUAGUUUUGCCGGUGGAAGUUGGUUUUAGGUGUCGGCAGUGACUUUAUACACGAGCCUCUGCUGUUAUUGUCUGUCUGUGUACGUCUGAUAAAAACUUUCCUCUUGUUUUUCUUUUUUUUUUUUCCAACUUUACAUCGUUAUUAUUCGGAAGCUGAGAAGCCCUACACCUCAAUUAACUUUUAUAUCAACCACAGUGGAUUAUUACUAUUACUCUUAUUAUCCUAACAACUUGUGGAAUACUCUGUACUGAUAUUUACAAAGUGAGUUUAUUGAACACAGGAACGUAUAUAAAUAAACAGAAUCUACAUUCUUGGAUCUUCCAGUCUUUCAUACAUUUUCUAAAAGGAAAAACUAACUAAGGAUUUAUAUAUAUACCAACAACGAAAUCUACGGAUUCACCUUGUUAUAGUUGUUACCAUUCGCUUGGCUUUUGUCUCCUCGCACAGGUAUCGACCCACUACUGGCGGGACGAACCUCUUAUGAUCCAAGCAUGUUUUGAUUGAGUUUUAUCAAUGGUAACAGCUUUAAUGUUGGUGAAACUUUAAACAAGGAAAUAAUCACUCACAAAAAAAGCCCUACAAUGGCUAAUCAAACUCAUCGAUUGACACUAGUGGGGCUAGUGAUACUAUGUUUUUGCCCAUUAGUAUCUAGUGUAUAUUUACUGGGCACCGAUACAUCUUAUGCCCAAUUCUCGCUUUGGAAUAUAUGUUUAAAUUCCAGUUUGUCUUUUAGUUUCAAAACUUCUCAACAAUCCGCUCUUCUCAUGUACACAGAUGACAAUGGAGUAAUGGACUUCUUUCAAAUCAAUCUGAAGGAAGGAAUUAUAUCAUUGACUAUUAAAAUUUCCAAUCGUCCCGAUGUGUCCCAAACUGUGAAAAUCGCUGGACCGUUUCAUGAUAAUCAAUGGCACAGUGUUACGGUCAAACGAAAUAGUGAAAUCACUAGUUUCACGGUUGACCAGAUCACGAAACAAAUGCGCUUCGAAGGAACUGACUUCUUGUUCGGUUCGGAAAAGAUCCAUAACUAUGUGUAUUUCGGAGGUAUGCAGGAUCUUGACAAUAGUAAAGUGUCCAAUCCAGAAGCGAAAUAUUCCGAACAUUUCAAGGGAUUCGUUCGGAAUGUGAUCUACGGGAAUUGUUCUUGUAUUCCAGUUCGUGCUGAAGUUGUCGGUGGAAUAGAUAUAGAUGAUGGGGAUGAUGAAGCAUGCAAAAAACCUUCGAUCUGUGACAAAGGGUGUAUCUGCAUUCGAACGGAUAAUGGAUACGGCUGUGAUUGCGUUUACCGGGAAACAUGUUUGGAAGUUCAACAACCAGCGAAAUAUUACCUUCCGAUGGAUGUAUUUUCCAAGGGUCAGCUAGAUCCGAACUCUGGACUGGACGCUACUGUUUCUGGAUAUCCCAUUUUUGGACAGGGUGUUAAGAACAAGGCCCUGUAUGUUCAGAACAGCCAAUUCAUUCGAAUAAAUGGCCUCACUCACCGUUUCGACUGUGUAAUGGAUCUUGACCUGUGUCCAGACGGUUACACAAUUAGCAUGUGGAUGAGUUUCCGUAACCCUACAUACAAAAGACGGCUCUUCAUGUCAAGUGGUGCCCAUUUGGAAAAUUCUCAUGGAAUUGCCAUGUACUAUCGUAAAGGAGUUUUGGAAUUUGUAUUCCGCAACAAAGCUGGCUUAGAAUGGACCGAGAAGAGUAUGAACAUUCUUCCUUACCAUUGGUACCAUGUGACAGCUACUUGGAGUAAAUUACAAGGUUUAAAGCUCUACAUUAAUGGAAUCAACGCACAUUCAAAAUCCCAACCUCCCAAACAGAAAAAGGCAGCUGAUAGUUCCCCUAAUUCACAGCCAAGACAUUUCUACAUUGGAUGUUCUGACACACAGUGCAGUAAGUCUGGCCAAGGUAUCAUUAUAGUUGAUGAGUUCCGGUUCUGGCCAAAAUAUGUUUCAACCAAAAGAGAACUCAGACAUCUAGGAGCCAUUUUCCAUUAUAACCUGAAUAUGGAUAAACAGCACCGAAACGAACUCGAUGUGAAAUACCUUGAUGCUAAACUACACGACAAUGCAAUGCUCUCGUUAGAUUCCAAACUUGGUAAAGCUCUACACCUUGGUGGCAAAGGAGAUUAUGUGUCUCUGAAACACAAACGAGGUACCUGCCUGAAAGACACUUCCAAAUGUAUGUACGGUUUCAUGAUUUCAACAUGGAUUAAAUUCAAGAACCUUUCUGGGAAACAUUAUUACAUGUCAAGUGGACCCAAAGGAUUCACUAUAUAUUCCGUGAACAACGAACUCUUUGCACAGGUAAUUAAUAACAACCAACUCUGGAAAGUGUGGACCAGUAAUAUCAAAACUGGAGAAUGGUAUUUCUUAGAAGUGUCAUUCCACAUGAAGAGUGGUUUGUCCAUGUAUUUGAACCAGCGUCUUGUCGGUUCUCCUACAGUGUCUUCCCAUAAGAUUAUUGGUUCCAUCCAAGAGGAUGAGAUUUAUAUUGGUCAAAAUAUGGGAGCAAUGUCAUCAAGUAUGUUUCCAGAAGUUGCUAUUGACGAAAUGGAUAUUUACCUGGCCGACCGCGAUACUCUCAUAUUUAUUGACUUCAUACAACGAGGACGCCCUAAUAUCUACUAUUUCCCUUUUGAACGGAUGGUUGGUCAAAGAAUUUCACAUCCUAGCAUAAGAAUCCAGUCAUAUGGUAACCCUCAUCUUGUGACAGGUAAAAUCGGAAAAGCAAUCCAGCUGAAUGGGAGAUCGCAGUAUAUCGAUGUCAACGAACACCCACGUAUGUGUUUGGGUAACUUAGAUCUCUGCCCACAUGGUUUCCUCAUGUCAAUGUGGUUGCGUCUAAACAAGACGCUCAACAACAUGGAUUAUUUCUCUACAGCCCUCAAUGGUCUCUCGCUCAAAUACGUAAAUGGUAAGUUCGAAUUCACGCUGUCUACGUCUUCCAGGAAAUGGACAGCCAUUGUUGAUUCAAAAGAGAUUCCAGAAGGUGAAUGGCGCUUCAUUGAAAUUUCCUGGCAUCCAACAACUGGGCUUGUGAUCUAUAACAACAACAGACUUAUUGCCUUUGACGAUUCACAUGGCGUCAACGCUGUCAAGAAGACAAACUACAAGUACAACACUUAUGAAGACAGGUUUUACCUUGGGAAAGGAAAAGAUCUGGUUGGCAACACAGUGUUUGGGACCAUAACCUUUGAUGACAUCAAGUAUUGGUUUGGUGACCGCAACUAUUUAUUGAUGCAUGGAUAUAUCAAAAGAGGUCGACCAACCAAUUACCUCAUAGACAUGGACAAAAUUGAUGGUAACGUAUUAACCCAUGAUAAGCUCUACAUCAUGGCCGAAGGUAACCCACACCAGAUCCCAGGAAGAAUUGGAUAUGCUUUAAAUUUCAACGAGAGCGGGCAGUAUUUGAACUUUGGCCGACUUGACGACGUCUGUUUUGGAAACCUUGACAAAUGUACGCAUGGAUUUUUGCUGUCCAGUUGGAUGAAGUUUGGGAAUUACCAUAACAACAUGCAUUACUUUGCUUCAGGUGAUGGAGGAAUAUCAAUGUACCAAGAUAAUGGUUAUUUACACGUGAUCUUCAUUAAUUCGAAAAAGAAAUGGAAAAUCCAAGUUCCUAACCCGGAAAUGGACACUUGGCACUUUGUUGAACUUUCCUGGCAUCCAGAUACAGGAUUAAAAAUGUACAUUAAUAACGAGCUUGUCGGAUACUCUGACGGUGUCAACUUUGAUAGAAGCCUUACAGGAAAUAAGGAAUUCUAUAUCGGAGCACCAAGUGCUGGUUAUGGAGCUAACCCUAACUUUGCUAUUGAUGAACUGGAAAUAUGGUAUGGCAAUAGAGAUAAUCUGGUUGCCUUCAAUUACAUCAACCGAGAUGGCAGUGGGCCGGAGCCUUUCUCUAUGGAGUCUGAAAAAAAUGACAUUGUUGAAAACUCUCACUUUAUUAUCAAUUUAGUCAAUGGUGCUAGUGUGGUCGAAGGACGGCUCGGCAACGGUGUAACAAUGAAUGGAAAAGGUCAGUAUGUACGUAUCGACGGUAAUAUGGAGGAUUGUAUUUACAAUCUCAACUAUUGUAAGACUGGAUUGACGCUUGGUCUAUGGCUAAAACCAUAUGAUCUUGAAGGCAAGAAAUAUUAUAUUUCAAGUCCAGCUUACUCGCUGUAUUCGAAGGAUAAUAUUCUCCAUGCUAAAUUCCAAAAUGCAACCCAUUCUUGGGAAAUGUCCACCCCUAAAUUUAAGGGAAAUGUCUGGCAACAGGUGAUUAUGAGUUGGGACCCAGCAAGGGGUGCCAAGUUGUAUAUAAACCCUGAGAAGGUUGCACAAGCAACAACUGCAAAACCUUUCAUGCAAGGUGACACACCUGCUGAAGGUAUAUACAUCGGUACCACUGGAAAUAAUGUUGGACGGUUCACACCUGAUUUUGAUGUUGAUGAAGUGCAAUACUACAGAACAAGCGUCAAUGGAAUCCUUGAUGGAUUUGGACCAUCUUAUGUUGCUACUGAGAGUCCUGAAAUGGUAUUUCGUUUUGAUCGACUACUUCUCCCUCGUGUUAACAUGGUUGGUUACCCUGAUCUGGUUAGCAGUGACGAGGGCAAUGUCAUCCGACUUAAUGGCCAGGACCAAUAUAUCGAUGUGGGCAAAGAUGUGACCUGCGGUGGAGACUUAGAAAACUGCGUUGAUGGCCAUGUGAUGCGAUUGUUUUUGAAAGCUGAUAAACUUAUUGACAACACAUAUUUCCUUGACAGCUACCCUACAUCGGUUUACUACAAAGACGGCCAACUCCAUGCCGAAAUGAGAACAUCUACUCAGACCUGGCAUGUAAACACUACGGAGUUUGAAGCUGGAACUUGGCAAUAUAUUGAACUGGAUUGGUAUCCAGAUGUUGGUCUGAGACUGUUCUUGAACCGGAGAGAGGUUGCACAUGAUACUAUACCCUACUUACAUCAGAAACGGUCUACUUCAUCAAAAACAUACAUUGGUCGCUCUCUAAAAGAUAGCCUUAACAGUUAUUAUUUCAAUGGUUUUGUGAAACAGAUGGAACUUUGGCGAAGAAACCGAAACUAUCAUAAACCCAAGCCUGAACAGACUAUCACUCUAAGUGGAAACAGUUACUAUGGUUUCAACAUUUCUAUCCGGAAUGAUACUCACCAUGUUUCUCCGAAUAAGGAACAAUUCAAAUUAAAAUUCAAGAAUGAUCUUUCUCAAAGGGAAGGUCUUUUAUGGUAUGCCCUUGACAGCUCACGUAAAAUAUUUUUGUACAUCAAGGAUGGUGACCUUUUCCUGAUUAUCAUUGGACCUGAUGGCCAGAAAUACAGAUGGAAGAUGAAGAAGCCAAGUAAUGUCACAUUUAAUGAUGGCCAAAUGCACAAUGUCCUCUUGCGAAGAGAUGGCCACGAGGUUUACUGGAGUGUUGAUGACAUCUACAGACAAGCUUUCAGUCUGCCAAUUUCCAUCAGUCUAUUACAACCCAAAGACUACAUCUUCAUUGGUGGAACCCCUGAUAACAUUGACUACACCUCAUCAGAGGUUAACAAAAACUUCAAGGGUAUUGCAGGCAAUCUGAUCUACACAUCUGGCCGAUAUGUUUUGGACAUUCUGAAUAUGAACCCACAGAUUAUCCACGGGGUCCAUCCAACAACGACCCACACCCCUAUAUUCAUCACUCCUUCACAAACGCCACCCAACACGUUCUCUCCAAUAACGUUUGUGCGUCAUCAGAGCUAUGUGGAGACCGAUGCUUGGGACGUCUCCCAAGGGGGUCAACUCAAGUUCAAGUUCUACACCAAUGACCCUGAAGGUUUGAUGUUCUACAAUGGCGACCCACGCUACUAUGCGGCCGUUGAAAUAUCUGAAGGGAAACUCUACUUUGUCUACAAUUUUGGUGAUGGAAGCAAACGAGUCAGCUUCUUUGAUACCAUUGUUAACGAUCGUCAAGCUCACGAAGCCACCGUCACGAUUAACCCCCUGAAGACAUUUCUGAAGUUGGAAUUGGAUAACAAGAAGAAGAGUGUUCGUCUGAAUCUCAACGAAAGACAGAAUCGGCCACUGGCAGGUCCAAUGUAUGUUGGUUGGGUACCAAAUGCUAACAGACUGCCAUGGGACCUUUGGGCUAAGAAGGGAUACCAAGGUUGUUUGCUGAAUGUGCAGAUGAACCGUAUCAGAACCAACCUUCUCAGUAAUGUGGGAAGAUUCCAGCUCGGUCGCGCUAUCGAUGCUCGUUGUUACCCUAUUGUACCCCAGUGUGACAGCACAACAUGUAAAAAUGGCAACUGCAUUGACUACUGGAAUGGUUAUAGUUGUGACUGUACCAACGAGCCUUUCACUGGCCCCAAUUGUGGUCAAGCUGCUCCUGUCACCAUGUUUGAUGGCACCAAAGGGGCCUGGGUUAUCUUUGCUGAUGCUAUACGCUCUCAUACAAAUGAUAUUUCCCUACGCUUCAAGACACAUCUCAGUAACACUACCCUGUUCCAUACGACAGCUGAAAAUUCCACAGACAGCGCAAUGGCUGUACUUGAAAAUGGAAUUUUGAAACUUAUUAUAACAGUCAACGGCCAAAGAAAGGUUCUUCGGGCUGGUUCUGAUUUGAAUGACCAGAAAUGGCACACCAUGCAACUGAAAAGGAAGGGGAACCAAUUAUAUCUUAAAGUUGAUAAUGGCAAAGCAAGUGAAGGUCGGGUUGAUGGUAAAGGAUUUUAUUUCAUCAUGAAGCGAUUGGACAUUGCUUCAGCCAAAGGAGGAAGUCCAGAUGGCGGCUACUUUGUUGGUUUCUUGCAGAAUCUUUUCUACAAUGGACAUGACGUUUUCUCUAUGGAACAGCGAGAACCUCGUACCACUCUUGUCUUUGUCAACAAUACGAAUCGUCUGCCUUCUAUUGUCUACAACCCCAUCACUAUCCCAAACAUCAAAAACUUUGUUCGUUUACCAAAACUGAAUUCUUUAGGAAACAUUAUUGAAUUAAUGUUUAAAACUAAAGAAUCCAGUGGAAUCCUUCUCUUCAACAAUGGUAUGAACGAUGAAUUCAUCGCACUAGAAAUCUUCAAACGCAAUCUGUGGCUUGUCUACGACAGAGGCGGAAACCCAACAUCCAUCCAUUUGAACUCCCUUGAUGUUAGCGAUGACAAAUGGCACUCGGUGAAAAUCAACUUUGACACACCCCAGCAACUUAUUGCGCACGUUGAUGGUUCUGAGGUGAUUUAUAACCAACAAAAGUCAGACGAACUUGAUUUAGAUGGUCCUCUCUAUCUAGGUGGGAUGCCCAAAUCUUUACUGAAAGGGAAAAUUGCUGAACGAUUAAGUUCUACUCAUGGAUUUAAAGGCUGCUUGGCUUCUAUACGUCUGAAUGACAAACCUGUUGGUAUGGGUAGCUUGGUUGGUAAAGGUUCCAAUAUCAAAACUGGUUGUCUUGCUGUAUCUACCAUCUGUCAAAAGACAACUUGUGCCAAUAAUGGGCAAUGCUAUCAAGGGCCGACUGGUUAUCUAUGUAACUGUGACAAAACUGGUUACACAGGUACUAGAUGUACCGAACAGCCCAUUGGUUACUACAUUGGCAAGAACAAACUGCAUGGUAUAAUAGUAUAUACCUACCCACCGGAUAAACGUAUUGACUCUUCAGAAGAGAAACUUGCUUUAGGCUUUAUGACACAUGACACUAAUGGCGUCUUGACUCGUAUCGUCAGUAGCGUCAACGAUGACUUCAUCGAAAUACGAAUGGUUGAUGGCAAAAUCCAGGCCAUCUAUGAUACAGCUGGAAGUAAACACAUCUUAAGCAGCAAUGGGAACUACAGUGAUGGAGAAUAUCACACUUUGUACUUCAGGAGAAAUUUUACAGACUCUGUCUUGAUAAUAGAUAAUAUUGAAAGUAUUACCAGUGAAAACGAAGAUACCUACCCAGCUGGCUAUUUUGAUAAAUUAACUACAAUAACCGUGGGUGCAGCUCAAAAGAUCUCUGCUAGUGAAUACAAAGAACCGUUUUAUGGUAUCAUUGGAGGUUACAAUUUCAAUAAUCUAUUCCUGUUUGAGAAACUGAAUAAAAAGAGUUUAUCAGGUGAUGUCGUCAUUGCAGAUAUACCAUAUUCUCUUUCAGGGAGAACAAACGUGGUUAUUCCUCCGCAUGUAACAACUACUCCUCCUCCUAUAUCAGGUGGUGGAGGAGGAGGAGGAGGAGGAGAUGGUGGUGGUGGUGGUGGUGGUGGUGGUGGAGAUGGAGGUGGUGUGAUUGUACCACCGGUCUCUGUCCCUCCACCAGGGAUUAACGGAAUUCUCAUAGCUGACGCUGGAAAUGGUGGUGUUGGUGUAGCUGUUGAUGUGCCUCACUACGCCGCCAUUGUUGCUCAACCUGUCAAAGCGGCACCUUCUGCUUUCAGUGGUGCUGGCACUGGGGCCAGCAUUGCCGAGGGAAUUGGUUCAGCCGACCGAGCUGGAGCAGCUGCUGGAACAUUCUUAGGUUUGCUUGUCCUUGGAGCCGGUUUCGCUUUUGGUCUUAUAAAAUUAAGCCAGGGCGGAUUUGCUAUGGGUUCAUCGACAACAGAUGGAGGUGGAAUUUCCAUAUCCCCACCAACGUCUGGGCCAGUCAUACAACAGUCGUCUGGUAACGUGGGUGCAGCAGCAUCAAGUAAGGGCCUGAUUAAUGGAUCGGCUGGCGGCGGCGGCGGUGGCGGUGGAUCAAGCGUGUCCGGUUUCACUUACAUCGGUAGUGGCGGUGGAUCCAGUACUCAGAUCAAUAAUGCAGCCGCAGGUUCCAGUGACUCGGCAACCCUGCGCGUCACUGGCACGUUUUCAAACAAAGGAACCGUGAUCGGGACCCCUCAACAAGGCCGCGCUGCUACAUCGUUUUCGUCGGCUCACUACUCUGCUAAACAGAGUUCCGUCAAUUUGAAUACAGACAGCAGUACCAACUUAGCAGCUGGAGCAGGAGGUGGAAGUUCUUCAAAUUUCGCUUAUGUAAACAACGCUGCUGGCUAUGGCGGCGGUGACCAAAAUGUCGCAAACUACAACUAUGAAUCUAACACUCACACAAGCAACAUGGCACACUCAACAAGCGGCAGUUUUUCACAGCAGCAAUACAACAAUGCCAUGUAUUCAACAUUAGGAGCGUCGAGUGGUGGCGGAAGUUCACGAGGUUUAGGAACAAUGCAAGACAAUAUCUUCUCUCAGAACACUCUCGAUGCCUCCGGCUAUGCCUCUGGAAGCAACACUCUGUCAUCUUCUUACCAAUACCAAAUGAAGUCAUAUUCCGCAUCGAAUUUCGAAUCUCAUGCCUCUGGUUACAAUACAGGCGGUGGAAGCAUGGCAUCAAUUGGUGGACCCGUGGUUAUUGCAGAUGGAGUCAGGGUUGAUUGCUGUUUAAUGACUUCUGAUGGCAAAACUGUUGUCACUGGUUCCACAACAGGUGCUCCUCAAAUUUGGAAUAUGCAGACUGGUGAACUUAUUCGAGCAAUGGAAGGCAACAUUGUUGGUGCCUCAAACCUUCAUCUUGCUUGCAAUGGCCAACUUCUUGUUGGUUCAGCACAUACAGAUAACUUGGAUGUCAAUGAACUUUCCACAAAGAAAGGAGUGACAAAUAGGAACCUACAGAUUUGGGAUUUCAAGACAGGAAGCCCAUUGGUUAUGGCUGAUCAGGAAUAUUGUUCUGCUCUGCAAGUUUUGUCUGACGGUGAUAAAGUUGCCCUUGGAAGAACCGACAAAUAUGCAAACAGCACCAGCAUCAUUGUAUGGGAUCUGUUGGGUAACCAACCCAUCAAGGAGAUGCGCUAUGAGGCAAGUGUGGGCAACAACGACUACAUCAGCUUCUUGUGCUUAUCGCAGAACAACAGAUAUGCUGUCGCCGGUUUCAACAACACAUUUGACAACAGCGCCGAAUUUGUUGUCUUUGACAUGACAUUAACCAGCUACAACGUCGUGGAACCAAGCAUCUUGAAAAUGGAUGCUAAUCCAGAAUGCACAGCAGUUUUACCCCAAGACGAAGCUGUUACUGGCUUAAGGAAUGGAGACCUUGUCAUUUGGAACCUGCGUAAUGGUCAGCCAAGUCGCCAGCUGCUUUCUUCCUCUGGUUUGCAUGCGCAUACAUCAGAGGUCUCUGCAAUAGCUCUGUCUGAAGAUUCUAGUGUUUUGGUGUCUGCUUCAGCUGAUGGAACUGUCAAAGUUUGGGACAUGAAGAAUGAAGUUUUGGGCAGCUCUUUGGUUGGUCAUACACGAGAGGUGUCUUGUGUUGCUAUCUCAUCUGAUAACGAGAUGAUUGCAUCUGGUUCCCAAGAUGGUACAAUACGUCUCUGGCGCACACAGACAGGAUCGCAGAUCUGUGCUUUCAAUACAAACAUGGAUGUGUUCUUUGUAACAAUGAGUAAAGACAACAGCACUAUUGUGGCGUUAGGUGAUAAGUUCGGGGCUAGAAAACUAAUUAUGUUACAAGUGGUACGUUCCAAAGUACGCAAACAUGUGCUGGCCUAAAUUUCAGGUCAAUUACUGCUUUCUAUAAAUAAACAAAAAUUGGGAAGGGGUGACAGCAA